UGUGCGGGAAAUAGAUCGUUGGGAGAGCGGACUGGUUCUGUCGCCGGUAUGGGAAAAGUGGCGAGCAGAGCGAGAAUGAUCGGAGUGGCGGUGGCGAUAAUAGCGGUGCUGAAAGCGGCGAGCAGCAAGUACGGUUGGGGAUGGGACAAAGAGGCGGCGGUGCAGAUGCUCAGGGCCAUGGCGGAUCAGCUGGGAGUAUGGGCAAUCCCCGCCUACGUUGGGUUGCACACCCUAACCCUAGCUCUCUGCCUUCCCUACGCGGUGUUCUUCGAGGCAGGGGCUUCUCUCCUUUUCGGCUUCUUCCCCGCACUCCUCUGCGUCUUCUCCGCCAAGGUCCUCGGCGCUUCCCUCUCUUUCUGGAUCGGCAGGCUUGUAUUCAGAAAUUCAAAUACAGCAAUGGAGUGGGCCCAGAGAAACAAGUAUUUCCGUAUACUUUCCAAGGGAGUUGAAGAAGAUGGCUGGAAAUUUGUUCUUCUUGCUCGGUUCUCACCAAUACCGUCCUACAUUAUAAACUAUGCCUUGGCUGCUACCAGAGUUGGGUUCAUUGUGGAUUUCCUUCUCCCAACUGUUAUCGGCUGCAUUCCUAUGAUCUUGCAGAACACGUCAAUUGGCAGCCUGGCUGGUGCUGCAGUGGCUUCAGCAUCCCGGUCUCAGAAAUCUCAGAUUCAAUCUUAUAUCUUCCCGCUUCUCGGAAUUUUGUCGAGCAUUCUGAUCUCCUUGAGGAUCAAGAAAUAUGCCAGUAACAUCUCAGAUGCUUUAUCCAACCCUACUGAGGACACAGGUAACAGCACUGCCGAGUCAUCAUCUAAAACUUUGUCAGGUGGGGAAGGAAGGAAGGGUCAGAAGAGAAGUGAAUGAUAUAUAUUUGCACUAACUAAGCAUUUGUACGAGGUUGCCUUCUCUGAAAGCAAGGAAUAUUUCUUGGGUUUCUUUGCUGAAGAUCGGUAUGAUUCAUUGUUUCUAGAUAGGGAUUUAAAUCCCUAUCUAGAGAAUGGAAUGAAGUAUUGAGAUUUGUAAGAUGUAUUAUGACAGCCCACACCAAUAAUACGCCCAACACUCGUAUAAUUAUGGUUUUUUUUUUUCAGUAUAAUUACAUGUUUAGCAAAGAACAAUGAUGCAAUGAGGACAAAUUGACGGAAUGUUAUUUAA